AUGGAGCGGGAGCAGCAGGCGGCUCUGGAGAACCUCAAGAAAGUGCGGAGGAGGCGCCCGCGGCCUAGGUGGAGGCGGGAGGGCCAGACUCGCGUCGUGAGCUCCAAUUUACUACUUUCUCCAGAAGCGGAAGAGUCUGCCAAGGGCCAGCGGCACCUGGCAGACAACAGACUAAAGACCACCAAAUAUACUCUGCUGUCCUUUCUGCCCAAGAACCUGUUCGAGCAAUUCCACCGUCUGGCCAACGUGUACUUCGUCUUUAUCUCUCUGUUGAACUUUGUGCCGGCAGUCAACGCCUUCCAGCCAGUCCUGGCACUGCUUCCUGUGCUCUUCAUUCUGGCAGUCACAGCUUUCAAGGACCUGUGGGAAGACUACAGCCGCCACCGCUCUGACCAUGAGAUCAACCACCUGGAGUGCCUUGUCUACAGCAGGGAAGAAAAGAAGUAUGUGAACAGAUACUGGAAGGAGCUCUAUGUUGGAGACUUUGUGCACCUGCGCUGCAAUGAGAUCAUCCCUGCAGAUGUCCUGCUGCUCUCCUCCAGUGACCCUGAUGGGUUGUGCCACAUAGAGACUGCCAAUCUGGAUGGAGAAACCAACCUGAAGCAACGCCAGGUGGUACGUGGCUUCUCUGAGCUGGUCUCUGAAUUUAAUCCUUUGACAUUUACCAGUGUCAUUGAGUGUGAGAAGCCAAAUAAUGACCUGACUAAAUUUCAUGGUAACAUUAUUCACGAAAAUGGGGAUAAAGCUGGACUUUGUAAGGAAAAUCUGCUGCUACGAGGAUGUACUAUCAGAAACACUGAGGCAGUGGUUGGCAUAGUCAUCUAUGCAGGACAUGAAACCAAGGCUCUGCUCAACAACAAUGGGCCACGGUACAAGCGAAGUCAGCUAGAACGUCAGAUGAACAGUGAUAUCCUUUGGUGUGUCCUUAUCCUCAUUUGCAUGUCUCUGUUCUCUGCUAUAGGACAUGGAAUUUGGGUGUGGCGAUAUCAAGACAAGAAAUCAUUGUUUGAUGUCCCUGAGUCUGAUGGAAGCUCUUUGUCCCCAAUAAUAUCUUCAGUUUACUCAUUUUUAACAAUGAUAAUAGUUCUGCAGAUUUUGAUUCCAAUUUCCCUGUAUGUUUCCAUUGAAAUUGUCAAAGUAUGUCAAGUAUACUUCAUUAACCAGGAUUUAGAGCUGUAUGAUGAAGACACAGAUUCACAGCUGCAGUGUCGAGCCCUGAACAUCACAGAAGACUUAGGACAGAUUCAGUAUAUCUUCUCAGAUAAAACAGGCACAUUAACUGAGAAUAAGAUGGUUUUCCGAAGAUGCACUGUGUCUGGGAUAGAAUAUUCUCAUGAUGCAAAUGCCAAGCGUCUGGCCACAUAUCAGGAGCCAGACUCAGAGGAAGAAGAUACCCAGGGUACCUCAUUGUCCCAGCGCAGCAACAAUGGAAACCACCAGAGCUUUCGGAUCAUGCACAGGGGCCAGAGUUCCAAACCAUAUUAUUGCACAAAUGGCUGGGCUGGGACCAAAAGGACCAGUGUGCUGUCAAAAUAUUCAGCCUUCAGCAGCCCCAUGGAGAAAGACAUCACACCUGACCCCAAGCUCCUUGAGAAAGUGAGUGAGAGCGACCGAUACUUGGCCAAUGCAAGACACCAGGAGCAUCCGCUAGCCCACCUUUCACCUGAACUCUCUGACAUAUUUGACUUCUUCAUUGCCCUUACCAUCUGCAACACAGUAGUUGUCACAUUCCCUGACCAACCUCGACAGAAGGUCAGAGUGCAGUUACAGCUCAAAUCCCCUGUGAAGACCAUCGAGGACUUCCUCCGCAAAUUUACACCCAGCCGCCUAGCCUUGGGCUCCAGCGGUGUUGGGAAUCUGGCCACCAACAGAUCAACCCACAAGUCAGGUUCUAGCUUCUUAUCCUUCCUGUCAAAUGACAGUUCCCUGAUCCAGCUGGAGGAGGAGCUGGACCCACCUACACCUACUGUCACCGAAUGUGACUUGCAUGGUGAGGUAGCUGAAGGUUAUGUGCUCAGUAGCCAGAAGGAGAUAGAGCUGCGAUAUGAGGCGGAGAGCCCAGAUGAAGCGGCGCUAGUGUAUGCAGCGCGUGCCUACAAUUGUGUCCUUGUGGACCGCCUGCAAGAUCGCGUGUCAGUAGAGCUGCCGCACCUAGGCAGGCUUACCUUCGAGCUGUUACACACGUUGGGCUUCGACUCCAUCCGCAAGAGGAUGUCAGUAGUCAUCCGAAACCCUCUAACCGAUGAGAUCACUGUUUAUACCAAAGGUGCUGACUCUGCAGUCAUGGACCAUCUACUGCCCUGCAUCUCAGAUGAUUCCAGAGAAAGGCAUCAAAAGAAAAUCCAAUGCAGAACUCAGAAUUACCUAAACCUCUAUGCGGUAGAUGGUCUUCGCACACUGUGUAUUGCCAAAAGGGUCCUGAGUAAGGAAGAAUACGCCGGUUGGUUACAAAAGCACUUGGAAGCAGAGUCUUCCUUGGACAACCGUGAGGAGCUCCUUUUCCAGUCCGCCAUUCGCCUGGAAACUGACUUGCACCUCCUAGGUGCCACUGGGAUUGAAGACCGCUUGCAAGAUGGAGUCCCUGAAACCAUUUUAAAAUUGCGCCAAGCAGGCCUUCAGAUUUGGGUCCUUACUGGUGACAAGCAGGAGACAGCCAUCAACAUUGCUUAUGCUUGCAAACUGCUGGACCAGAACGAGGAAGUCAUCACCUUCAAUGCUGACUCCCAGGAAACAUGUGCAGCCCUGCUGAACCAGUGCCUCCGCUACAUGCAGUCCAGGGGCUCUGACAGCACCAUAGAGAAGACCUCAGGGAGCAUCAGUGUGGCCUUCUCACCCCUCUGCCUGCCUUCCAUGUCCACAUCAUCUAACACUAGCCUGAGCCUUGUGAUGGAUGGGAGGAGUCUGGCUUAUGUUCUGGAAAAGAGCCUAGAAGACAAGUUCCUCUUUCUAGCCAAGCAGUGCCGUUCAGUCCUAUGCUGUCGCUCAACACCACUGCAGAAAAGUAUGGUGGUAAAACUGGUCAGAAGCAAGCUCAAGGCCAUGACGUUGGCAAUAGGAGAUGGAGCCAAUGAUGUCAGCAUGCUCCAGGUGGCAGAUGUGGGUGUGGGCAUAUCCGGCCAGGAAGGCAUGCAGGUGGUGAUGGCCAGUGACUUCGCAGUGCCAAGAUUCCGGUACCUGGAGAGACUGUUAAUUGUCCAUGGACAUUGGUGCUAUUCUCGACUUGCCAACAUGGUGCUUUAUUUCUUCUAUAAGAACACAAUGUUUGUGGGCCUUCUAUUUUGGUUCCAGUUUUUUUGUGGCUUCUCUGCCUCUACGAUGAUCGACCAGUGGUAUCUCAUCUUCUUUAAUCUGCUCUUUUCCUCACUCCCCCAGCUUGUAACUGGGGUACUGGACAAAGAUGUGCCAGCUAAAGUGCUACUGGCCCAGCCACAACUCUACCGCAGUGGCCAGAAUCGAGAGGAAUAUCAGCCACGCACAUUUUGGAUUAACAUGGCUGACGCUGCCUUUCAGAGCCUCAUGUGUUUUUUCAUUCCUUACCUGGCCUACUACAACUCGGACAUAGACUUGUUUUCCUGGGGCACCCCCAUCACAGCCAUUGCACUGUUCACCUUCCUGCUGCACCUGAGCAUCGAAACCAAAACUUGGACCUGGAUCAACUGGAUAGCUUGUGGCUUCAGUAUCUUUUUAUUCUUUACUGUGGCCCUGAUUUAUAAUGCUUCCUGUGCAACAUGCUAUCCUCCAUCUAACCCAUACUGGACUAUGCAAAAUUUAAUGAGAGACCCCAUGUUUUACUUGACUUGUGUUGCAGCACCCGUGGCUGCACUGUUGCCCAGAUUGUUUUUCAAAGCCCUCCAAGGGACUCUGUUCCCUACUCAACUCCAUCUGGGACGUCAGCUGGCUAAGCAGUCCCCCAAGAAAGGCAACAUUCCCAAAGACAUCAUUGCUCAGGGACAGAUCCCAAGGGAACAGAAGAGCAGAAGUUACAUCAAAGCUCCAUCCCAGAAUGGCAUCUCCCAGAUCUCAGUUCCUGCAGGCAAGAUGAAAGUGGGUGAGGAGUGCAGUCAGGUGCCCACAAGCACACUGCCCAUGAAGAUGCUUUCCAAGGAUGACAACCUGCCAGAAGAGCUAAGCAGCCAGUGCCCAGGACUCUCCAUAUCAAAGGAAGCUACACAGGAAAGGUAUGUCCAGGAGACCAAGACAAAACACACCAGCAUGAGCAGGGCAGCCUCUCUGCCCCCUAUCUUCACCCUGUCCAAGCCCAGCUUGCUCAUGAUUUCCUCCCUCCCACUGCUCAGUGGGCUGAGAAAUGCAGUGCAUUUCUCUCAGAGUAGUUUACAGGCAGAUACGGACUGA